AUGAAGCUCACUACAUAUACGGCAAGUCUUGUCUUUGUGCAAGGGCUUUCUGUUGCUUUGCCGCUGGUUGACAACGAUGUUAUAAACCUUGACAACGCCGCGCAGACGGCCAACGACCUCAGCAAUGGCGUCUCGGUUGUGACGUCGCCCAGCAACUUGCAAAAUGGAGGCGGCGACUCAUUCAUCCCCAACUUGCAAAAUGGAGGCGGCAACCCGUUCAUCCCGUCUGCACAAGCAGACCCUUCACAGCCUAACCUUUUGAACGGCCUCUUGGGAGGCGGCGUUCCCAACGGCUUGGACAAAAUGCUCAGCGGCUCAACAGCAAGCAAUGGCUUUCCUCCGGGAUCACUUGGCCCGUCCGGCGGCCCGCAACUUGUUCCGGGCAACUCGCUCGACAGCUCCCCUGACAUGCCCAACGAUAUCACGGCCGGCCCAGGAACAGGCAAUGGGCCCGUUGGGCAGCCUGGCUCCAUGUCAAACCAACCCGGGGGUCCAGCGGGAGGUCAAGGGGGAGGUCAAGGGGAAGGCGCCGGCGCCGUGGGCGAUGACUUUCCUCUUCGUGAUAAAUGCAACAUGGAAAAUCCCGGUUCCGCGGGAAUGGAUUUGGACUGCCAAUGUACUAAAUUUGUCGAAUGGCGUCUUGAGUCUCGCUACAAAUUCCCCGUUAAACAAACAGGACCAUGGCCCGACGCAAACCAAUGGGCAGGUCGUGCCUCGGCGCAAGGUAUACCCGUUGACGGUAAUCCCACACCUGGUUGCGUCGCUCAAACUACCAAGGGCGAGUUUGGACACGUCGCCAUGGUAGCAGAAGUUGAUCCAUCAGGUGGCCAAAUCACCGUCGAGGAUUACAACGGGCAAGGGGGUCCAGGAAGAUAUGGAAAGUACACGGUGCCUGUGUCCAACUUUGAGAAUUAUAUUCACUUUGAGAAGUCUCAAGGGGCAAGAGGGUAG